AUGACAUGGAAACGACUCAAAAUAACCGUAGUCUUUCUUUUAACAAUAACAAUAACAAUCGCAUCAUUCUUUAUUUCUUAUCAUGAAUCAAUAGAUGUAUUGGUUCACAAAAAUCCCACCACCGCUAUUAGCAUCCAUAACAACAAACACGACAAAAUAAUAAAUCAUCAAGAAACAAAACCUUUUACAAUAGUAACAGCAGCAAGCAAAAAUCAUUUCCGUGCAAUACAAUGUUGGCUUUACGACUUGAAAGGAGCAACAAACUCGAUUAAAGUAUCAAAACGACCCAGGAUUAUAGUUUAUGAUAUAGGAUUAUUGAAGGAUCAGCACAGAUGGUUAAGUAUUUUACUUGACAAAGGAUACAUGACUGAACUGAGAAGAUUUGAUUUUGGAAUUUAUCCAGAAUUCUGGAGAAUACGAAAUCAUACUAGAGGAGAAUACGGCUGGAAACCUGGUAUAAUAUCAGAGGUUGUUAAAGAUUAUCCUGGGCCAACAUUAUGGCUUGACUCAGGAACUUACGUGUCGCCGGAAUUUUUGGAGCAAUUCGAAUUUACCUUGGAUUAUUAUAAUGGAUUCUUUUCACCCACAUCAUAUGGUAACAUUCAAAAAUGGACACAUCCGGGUGUUUUCAAAUAUUUUAAUGAUGAUCCAAACAAAUACGCGAAUUUUUUAAAUUGCAAUGGUGCAGCAAUAGCAUUCGAUUCAAAUAAAGUAGGUUCAUUAAUUAAUGAUUGGGUAGAAUGUGCUUUAGUAAAAGAAUGUAUUGCACCGAAAGGCAGCAGUAGAGAGAACCAUCGACAGGAUCAAGCAAUUUUAACAUAUUUGGCAGCAAGGCAUAAAAGGUUUUGUGAAAUUAAACCCAGGUUUUUUGGAUUGAACACUCAUAUGGAUGGAGAAUGCAAGAAAAAACUCAAAUAUUAUGAAAAUCAAAAUAGCAUUGCCUCGUCAAUCAAUUGGUAA